AUGAAAUGGCUGGAGAAUAUAUGGUUUCGAGCAGCAUGGAAGUUUCGCCGAGCUUUCCGAUUAGACAGCCAAACAAUAGCACCAAUUCAAUGGCACGAACCACUUCUCAAAACCCUCCCCGAUAGAGCACUCGAUGAGAGGUUGGAUGAGAGCCAGAAGCAAAAGCUACGCGAUAUCGUAGAAGAAGUUCGGACAAUCUCCAUGUUGACGAAGCAUUUCCCUGACCAAAUAAAAUCUGAAGAUUGGUUAGUUCUGCUUGAAUGCCAUACAAGAAAGCAGCGCCUAGACCAUUUAAAGUUCCUUCGGAAUCGAGAGUUGGAACGGGAGAAGGAUUUGCUGAAGAAGCGCCUCAAAACUCCUCUACCGCCCAAGGAAAAACAAGAAGAAAGUGAAGGUUCUGACACCAUGUUGUUGAUUCCAGCGAAAGAUCAGCGAAGUAUGGCUUGGCAAAGAGUGGCUCGAGCUCAUCGCUGUGGAGAACCAAGCCUUGUGGUCGACUGCCGUUUCCUCCCAUUGCUGUCACCACGUGGUGCUGAACUCACUGCUAUGCAAUUGAAGUAUAUGAUAAGUGAAAAUCGUGAUGACAGGUUCGGCAAUGCUAUGAAUACCGUACUAUAUCAGAACCUCUGGCACUUAUCGGUAAUCGAUUCACCUUCAACAUGCAGUCCGAUCAUUUCUCCGCAAAGUUUCACCGAACUAUUUGAACGAAAUCGGAUUGUCUACCUUAGUCCAGAUGCCGAUGAAGAAAUCGAAGACGUGGAGAAGAGCGAUGUAUAUGUGCUUGGUGGAAUCGUCGAUCGUGUGGCUGAAAAAGGAAUACCCCGGCAAGCUUCAUUAGAAACUGCAGUUAGUGAAGGAGUUCGUUGCAAGAAGUUACCACUCGACAAAUACGUGAAGUGGAAAAGCGGCACAAAAUUCCUUACAUUGACCGCGGUCUCUACUAUCCUCCGAGACGUCUAUAGUUCGGGUGGCGACUGGGAGUUUGCGUUACGAAAAAAUAUUCCUGUCCGAAACAUACGAUCUGCUGAAGAGAAAUCUAUCGGUGGUCGAAUACUGCACAAUAAAAUUCGUCAGUUCGAUCGACAGCUUUUACAGAUUGUUGAGCGUGAAUUAGGCAAAGAAGUGAUCAGGGACAGGAUAUGA